AUGGGGUGGACGACAUCCACCAUAACAUGGAUUGUAACAUGGAGUUGCCUGCUGCCGGGCUUCUAUUUAGCUCCACAGGCAUCUCCAAAGCAGGUGCCGUGCGAUAAGACGAGAAAAGUCUUCACGGAAUCAUGGGGAAUCAUCAGUGAUGGGCCCAUGGGCUCAAAUUAUACUCAAGAUUCACAUUGUGAAUGGCUCAUUAAAGCUAACCAUAGUCGCCAAUUUAUUACAUUAAGUUUUCGGACGAUGGGCACAGAAUGUAGUUAUGACUAUGUGUUUGUUUAUGAUGGAGAUUCUUUUCGUUCACCACUUCUAGGUAGCUUCAGUGGCAAAACAGAGCCGCAGCAAGUGACAUCAUCAUCUGGUUAUAUGUUGAUAUUAUUAUAUAGUGACACAAAUUAUGUCCUAGACGGUUUCCAUGCAGAAUUUUCGGUCACGGAUUGCCCGAAUAAUUGUACUCAUCAUGGAAAAUGUAUUAAUAAUACGUGCUUCUGCGAAAAUGAUUGGGGAAGCAAAGAUUGUUCCCGAUCUCUCUGUCCAAACAAUUGCAGUCAGGCGGGUAUUUGCGGGGUUAAAAAAUGCAAAUGCAACAAUGGAUACUCCGGACAAUCUUGUUCGUUGCACAAAACUCAUCCGGAAGGAAAUCGGUGGCAUUGGCUUUCGCAUUCAGAAGGUGGACUGAGGCCACGCGCAGCUCAUACAGCGAUCUAUGUUCAGGAAACAGACUCACUUUAUGUUUUUGGCGGCUACGAUCUCAAUUAUAUACUCAGUGACUUAGAAGUAUAUAGGUUUAGCACAAGUGAAUGGGAAGAUGAAUAUGGAAAUGUAUUAGAAGGCGCCGCAUCUGCCGAAUAUUUAGAUCCUACAUUGAUCGCUACCGAAUUACAACGCCAUCCUGGUGCCAAAGAAAUAUACGGCCUACCAACGUCAUCUUUAUUCUGGAAGGUGCUUUACAGUAUUAAAGAUAACAAUACUUUUGGCCUGCUCGACCGGAAUGUUGACGGUCAACACUCACGAGAGUUUAGGAAUAUGCCUAAAGAUAAGGAAACUGAAAAAAGCAGAAGCACUAUUAGGAUCGAUAGGAACGGUGAUCCAAGGAGAAAGCAUCCCCGCAAUAUAAGACCGCGAUAUUCGCAAAUGUCAAGAUAUCGCAGAAACUUGGAAAACUUAUACAGAGAUCGUGAUGCAACAGAUAUGCAGAACGAUGAUGUGAAAUGGGAGGAGCAAAUCGUAGCGGAAUCCGCGGAGGAAAACGUUUUCACUCCAGAAUUUACGAAUCCAAAAUUAACUACAAGUAAUUCGUUGAAAGAGGAAGUUACAGAGCCAACCGUUGACGAAUUACCCAAACCGAGUCCUCGAUAUGGUCAUGCUGCGUGCAAAUACCAAGAUGGUUUUGUGGUCUAUGGAGGAAAGGUGGAAGAUGGUACUCUAUCGAACGAACUAUGGCAUUAUAAUGUGAUAAAACGCAUGUGGACGUUACGCGCUAAAAAUUCUCCUUUCUAUCCGCCCAGCCUCACGAGGCACACUCUAACUUUGGCAGGUGACUACAUCUAUCUAUUCGGAGGCAGUACUGUUGAUGGAGAGUUUUCGUCCAGUCUAUAUAAAAUCAAGUUGCGCUUAUCGGAUCUUACGGCGAUUAAUGAAAGGUGGAUAGAAGUACGACCUCGAGGCGGUAAGGAACUUGAUGUGCGCGUCGUAGCGCAUUCGACUGUAUAUCAUCGUGCUACCAAUUCCCUCCUGGUAUACGGCGGUGUAGUCGCCAGCGUCGCUCGUUUCAGUAAAUUAUCAGAUCGAAUGUUCGUCUUUCAACUAGAUAGAAAGGUCUGGUCCGAGAUCCAUUAUCCGAGAGCGCACUUGCGAGAGACAUAUGUGCCAAGAGAACGCGCGUUCCACACAUGUAAUAUCAUAGGAAAUUAUCUGGUGGUAUUUGGCGGAUAUUCUCAUAGACAUAACAAAGAGGAAAUCUGUUAUGAUAAUCAGAUGUAUCUUUAUCAUCUUGGCUGUCACACUUGGGUGAGCCACGAAGUGUUAGGUUUAAACGAUAAAGAUUCUCGUUAUCCUAAGCAACAAGGUGUAUUCGCUCAUGCGGCAGAUGUGCGUAAUGGAAAUACCUUGUUACUCGUUGGUGGAUAUCAUGGCAAUGUAAAUGCGGAUCUUCUUGCAUACAUUUUGCCGCCUAUGUUAGCACCAGGAGACGAAGAUUAUAUCGAGCCAGAGCAAAUUUGCUCGAGGCAUAAAAGCCUAAUGGAGUGUGCAGCAAAUCCAGAAUGUGGCUGGUGUUCCGCGGAUGAAAUAUGCUAUGGUCGGACGAUAGGUAGCAAUUGUACGACAAAUCUACAAACGACGCGCUGUCCGGGAGUUUGUCCUGCUCUAGGCGAUUGUCAUUCUUGCUUAAUACAUGGUCAACCCGGUGGUGGUUGGGGUACGAAUUUUCGUGGCAGGAAAUCCGUCUCGAAUAAACUAAAUUUAGGCACGUGUACUUGGUGUGUCCAAAACGCUCGCUGUCACCACAAAGAUGACAAUUACGGGGUAUGCGGUCUGCGGGAUGACACGCCUUCACAGAUACCGGGUUGGUGGGGUUCAAAAGGCACGGAAAUUACCAAGGUCGAAGAGUGUCGAGAAAUGGAUAAAAGACCGGGUUUGACUUUCCUCAAGUACAAGCCACCAGUGAACUUCAGCCAACCCGAUUCAGUCGCCAUAGUGAACGCGACCACGGUUGACUUUAAUGUGCCAUCCAUGCAAGGUGCGAAGACAGAAUCGGCAUUGGGUGGCGAAAUGAUUGCCAGGUUGACUGGCUUUCUUAGACCACCGAAUUAUUUUUGGGACAGCGCGGCGGAGCAUCUGAAGAUCUGCGUCAGUUAUAAUAGCGCGACGCUUCACGUGUCGCGAAACGACGAUCCUGAUAAGCUCGAAUUGGUCGCCAAUCUAACUGCGGAGACAUCACAGUGUACGCCGCCAAUGACAUGGCCAAAUGGAGAUUUUAUGGAAUUGCAGUCGGGUCGUUAUUUAUUGGACUUCGAAUCGAAAAGAAUGGUGACUACGAGCUACGCUUAUGCGAGUAAAAUGGAAAUCAUGCACAACAAGAAGAUGGAAAAUGCAAAGGUCUUUACAUUCGAGUAUUUGGAGCCAUAUCAGAACGGUUCUUGUCAUCAGUAUGGCAACUGUCUGCACUGUUUGACUGACUCUUCGUGCGGUUGGUGCGAUAUUACCAACGAAUGUCUACCGCGCUCGGUUAAUGAGACAGAGAGUUGCGUAAAAAACAUAGAAUGGGAUAAGGAGCGCGGCGAGACGAUUCGUGAAUGGCACUAUUUGACGAUUACGCCUUCAGCGUGUGCUAACUGUUCCAAUUACAUCUCCUGCGAGUCAUGUGUGAACACUAAUCUGUGUGAGUGGUGGACGGAAGAGGCGAGAUGCGCACGAAUCGGUCGAUUACCUAACGCAGUGGUAAGUCCGUACGAGUGCCCAAUUCCAUGCCGACAACGCUCUAACUGCACGAAGUGCCUGGAUGAGCGUGGCAGAUGCGUAUGGUGCGAGGCUACGCGGGAGUGUUUCUCAUUCUCGGUGUACACAUCAGAAUACCAGUUCGGUUUAUGCCGGGAAUGGAUGGAUCAAGCGGGCCUGAUGGGCGUCACGUCGCGCAGCGGCUCAUCACUUACUGGCAACGAUCAGUGCAAGAGCUGCAGUCGGCACUCCAACUGCUCCAAUUGUCUGCAUUCACUCAGUUGCGGCUGGUGCUAUAGCCUGGAGAAUCCUAUCACUGGCGUAUGCGUGCAGGGCGAUUUUAAUCAGGCUCACGUCAAUUGCAGUGCGAUCAUCAACGAGUAUCGAAACAGCAGUCUGAACGCUGACGAAUCUGGCUGGGCGUACGCACAGUGCCCGGAUGUAGAUGAGUGCGAUCUUGGUCUGCAUGACUGUCAUCCAGAUGCGCUUUGCACCAAUACUCACGGCAGCUUUAGUUGUCAAUGCAAGCGCGGUUUUAAUGGCGAUGGCAAAGAAAAUUGUACAAAGACUUGCUAUGAGAGGUGCGUUAACGGAUAUUGCAGCGAGGCGCCGGAUUACAAGUGUGAAUGCAACCUGGGCUGGACUGGACCGGAUUGUCGGACCAAUUGCGGCUGCUAUAACCACUCCACAUGCUUGCAGGGACCAGGCAUUUGCGAUCAGUGUCAAGACUGGACGAUCGGACGUUACUGCGAAGAAUGUAAAGCAGGAAGUUAUGGAAACGCGACGACACCAUUAGGCUGUCGCGAAUGCAAUUGCAAUGGGCAUGGCGAUGUGGAGCUCAGCGUUUGCGAUCGGCAGACUGGCAUGUGUUUCUGCCGUGAUAACACCGAAGGCGAUAAAUGCCAGCGUUGCAAACGGGACUAUUACGGAGAUCCGCGUAACGGUGGAAUGUGUUACUACGGCUGCAUGUCUCGGGGUAUGCUGGGCGGCGAAGGAAACGGUAAACAAGGUCUUGGUAGUCGACACUCGCAAUCUUCACUUUGGGAUAAUUACAUGGGCGACUCACCGACAAGAGAGUGUCUCUGGAUUGUUGGUCCUGAGAGAGAUUUCUCUUUAGAUGCGACCACUCCAACAAUUCAGAGCGUGAUACAAUUCACUAUCCAUGAUGAUAUCAAUGUAAGUUGCCAAGAGAACAGCGUGUAUGUGUAUGACGGUCUACCUGAAUUCGUUUCAUCUACCGGUGGUCAUCAGAGCCAAUUACUGGGUGUGUACUGCACAGAAAGCACCAACUAUCCAGUCACGGUAGAGGCCAAAUCCGGAUUUCUAACAGUGCACUAUAAACAACUGGACGAAGUGGAGGGUUUUAAUGCGAGCUAUGUGAUAAUGACAUGCAACAACUGCCCAGGAAACCGCGAAUGCCGCAAUGGUAAUUGUCUCUGCAAAUCCAGUUACGUCGGCAUUAACUGCGAUGUGGAGAUUUGUCCGGAAAACUGUACUGCUUCCGAGAAACACGGCAUCUGUGACAAGGGUUAUGGUCGUUGCGUUUGUGCGCCAGGCUAUGGUGGACGCGAUUGCUCUAUCUCACUUAAAAACUAUCAGUUAACAUUCACGGAACUAUUCAAUUCGGAAUAUUUGGCUGAUCAUCUAGACCACUUGAGGAAAACGUUGCCACGUUUUGGACACAGCCUGGUGGCUGAUCGACGCGGUAGUCUAUGGAUGUUUGGCGGUUAUUCGCUUAGUCACGGACCUUUGAAUGACAUUAGACUUUUCGACACGAAAAACAAUACAUGGAUGCCAGUGACAGUAGAAUCUACCUCAGAGGCCUCCAUGCCACAGGGUCGCUACUUUCACGCAGCUGAAAUUGUGCACAGUAGGCAACAAAUUUAUGUUUAUGGCGGCUUAUCAAUGAAGGACGAAGACGUACAAGGACUGUCGAACAAUACCCUCAGUGACUUUUGGAAGUUUAGUUUGCAAAAUCAACGAUGGAGCCAAAUUGUGGAGGAUGAUUUAAAGAAAGAGCCGCUGCCUCUGGCUGGUCACACAUUAACCUUACGUAGAGAUGGAGAGUCGGAGAGCCUGAUUCUGAUUGGUGGAUUUAGUCCUAAAUACGGAUAUUUAGACGUGGUUUGGGAGUUUAAUCUAGAAACUGAGACUUGGGAUACAGUGGACACUGUAGGGAACGGACCCGUAGGUGUUUACGGUCAUUCCACGGUAUAUCAUAGUAAGUCCGAUAGUCUCUAUGUCUUCGGUGGUUACACUUAUGCGGUAAACAGAACGUUUAUCUCGAACAGAUUAUAUGCCUUGAAUUAUAAAACACGAAUGUGGUCGGUACUACCACCAUUUGAAGACGACUUCACCGAUGGCAACAGUUUACCUCAAGCUAGAUUUCUUCAUUCCGCAGUUACGACGGAUGAAUAUAUGGUGAUAUUUGGCGGCCGGCAAAAUCCUCACAACACCUCAGAUUCGCUAAUAGCGUACAAAUACUCAUGCAACCUAUGGAUACGUUUGAUAACGAAAGACACAGAGACUAUCGGCAGUCCACCACCACCAGCUUACGCUCACGCGAUGACCCAUGCCGAUCCAGAGUCGAACGCCAUUUAUGUAGUUGGUGGUUUUGAUGGCGGUAUUAAGAGUUACGUCACAUUGAUUAACAUACCGGAGGAUCUGUGCAAUCUUUGGAAGGAUAAGAUCACGUGCAGGAAAUAUUUUGGUUGCUCAUUCUGCGCUGUUACUACUCUCAAUGGCACCAACACUUCCUUUUGUUUCUCGAACGAAGUAUCAAGUAACCGGGGUGACAAGUGUGACAUCAACGUGACUCAAGCGCAACGAUCAAACGGAGUAUUCUGCAAUUCGGAUUGGAUGGCGAGCAGGAAGUGCCAGACCUUCAGAACAUGCACGGAAUGUCUGGCGGAGUGGCCGUAUUACAAAGACAACGAAUCUGUUUGCAAAUGGUGUACCAACUGCCCACACGGUAAGUGCAUUCCAUCGGACAAAGAUUGCAACGAUCAGACACAGGACAUUAGAUGCGAUACAUCGGUAAUUAACGUGAAUCAAUGCGGGGAGCGACUAUGUCCGGCAAGUGAUUGCGAGAAGUGUUAUAAUCUGGAUGAGUGCGUGUGGACGAGGCAGGUACUGAAAACUAACGAAUUGGGAAUGGAGCUGACGGGCGAGCCCGUUUACGACUGGAACUGCGUGAAGAUUAACAUCUUCGAACGAACUAGCAUCAAGAUGAGCAGCACGCAGUGCGAAAAGAGAUGCUCUGAACACAAAGAUUGCAAGAGUUGUCUGAAGGGUACUGGAGCCGAAGGUGGAUGGAGUGAAUGUAGAUGGUCUACGCAAUUGAAUGAGUGCAUCUCGCCAUCGUAUCAGCCACUUUACUGCGCCGGCGGUGUUUGCGGUUUGGUGUUGCGUAACGCGGAUAUGGAUCACUGUCCGGAACCAUGCUCAGUGUUCAAGCAAUGCAGCAUCUGUCUGAAACAUUCGCAUUGCGGCUGGUGCUCCUUAGACUCUGCUAAUGUUACCGGUCAAGGAAUAUGCACAGAAGGAUCACUUGAAGCGCCAGCGGAUCAUCCAGCGGGCGGUACCUGCGAAAUGCUUUAUCAUCAACACUUCCCAGAAGUCGAGCCGCCAAUUACCACCACAUUGCAUCCAUAUCAUGUGGACUCUUCAGAAGUGCAGGACAAUGUUACGAUGUCGUUGCUCACUGCGAUACCGAAACCAAAUUUCUCAUGGCAUUACGUUCGCUGUCCACCGGAGAACGAGUGCGAGAACGGGCAUCACACGUGCUCGCCGAAGAGCGAGAAGUGUUUUGACUUGGAGGAGGGCUUUGAGUGCAAAUGCGGAGAUGGAUAUAAGACCGAAACCACCUGGGGAAACGAUUUUGGUAAGAAAAUUUGCGUGCCCAUGUGUACACAGGGUUGCGUGAGAGGCACAUGUGUUAAGCCCGACCUGUGCCGUUGUGACUUCGGUUACGUCGGCUCAAAUUGCUCUAUUCAAUGCCAAUGCAAUGGUCAUAGUGAUUGCGCUGGUCCAGAUAAGCUCGAUAACUGCACAAAAUGUCACAACAACACGAUGGGAAAGCAAUGCGAGAAAUGUUUACCAUUGUACGUCGGCAAUCCUGCGGAUAACGGUCAAUGCGUGCCCUGUCUCGAAUAUUGCAACGGGCAUACUCGGAUCUGCAUCAACGACAACGUGACCGUACCCGAUCCGAAUUCUGUAGACAAGAUGUCAAUAGAGAAGCUGAGUAGACAACUAGAAGAAGGACCGGUGGCGAAAGCGAAAUGCAUCAACUGCGGGAACAACACAAGAGGCGACAAAUGCGGCGAAUGCAUGACCGGCUAUUUCCGAGGGACAGAAGACCUCCGAGACGUGUGUCGGCCUUGUGAGUGUCACGGCCAUGGUUUCACGUGCGAUCCUGUGACUGGCGAGAAGUGCAACUGUGGUAACAACACCGAGAGUGAACCGUCCUGCAUCAGCGGUCCUAUAAAGGGUACGAAUACAGGCGGCACACCAUGCUGGAUGGUACAGUGCAGCAAGUGCAGAGAGAACUACGCUGGCACUCCAACAAUGGGCCAUCAGUGCUACAAGACUGUCACAGUCGACAAUAAAAUGUGUUUUGACUCGAAAUUAAUAGACGAAUGCAAGAUGAAACCGAAGCCCCUAAACCCUGGCCAAACCGUCUUCUACAUGAUGCAACCGCGGUUCAUGAACGUAGACAUCAGAAUGAUAGUGGAUGUCACCCAAGGUGCUUUGGAUCUAUUUUUGAGUCCGCGAGAUGAUUCCUUCGUCGUUACUUUAAAUUCAACGACUGGAUAUCAAAAGGUUGAACUAGAUCACAGAUUUAGAUUACGGCCUGAUCAGCCUUCUGACAAAUUCCGGAUCGUUGAAUUUCACUCUCAUCUUGGUGGGGCUAAUGGUACUAUCAUGGAGCCAAUUCGAUGGAACACCGGACAACAGUAUUUUGUGAUGGAGGACUGGCUCGAGAAUAAUAUUGCCACUUUUCUGACGAUCGAUAGACGAAACUCCUUUGUGAUGAUCCAUAAUCUGACAAAUCGACUGGUACUGAUGUUGCCACAAGACAGACACGAGUUGGGUCAGACCAAGUUUCACAUAGUGUUACAAGCGAUCGACCCGGUGGAUUCGGAACUGUAUGGUCACGCUGCCUAUGGGAUGAUUUUUUUCCGUCAGGAUCAGUUGCACAUCGAUCUGUUCGUCUUCUUCUCGUGCUUCUUUUCCUGCUUCUUUCUGUUCUUAGCGGCGUGCGUGAUUGCGUGGAAAGCAAAGCAAUCGACAGAUUUACGUCGUGCCCGACGUCGACACGUCGUAGAAAUGUUGCAUAUGGCGCAACGACCGUUUGCUACCGCGACAAUACUCUAUGACCGGGACGGCGGCGAGUGUAGCCCGAGCUCGCCGCAGCGUAAGGGCAGGCGAGGCAAACACGUGAGCUUUCACAGCGAUGUGAGACCGGUGGCUGUCGAACCCACCGAUGAUGGUGUUGCAGCAGUGGCGACAGUGUUCAUCAGGUUACCUGGCGGCCGCCAAGCACCCGUCAAACUAGCCCUGGGCAGUUCGCUUAUACUCUUGACUAGAGUCUACCCGGUCAAUAGCAGAGUGUUUUUAAGACGUAGAAACAGUCACCCGACGAACUGAACCCACGUUACAGUGGAAUCUCGAUCUCGACGGCUUUCGAGUUCCACAUCCCGGACACAGAUAUUCUCGUUAAACUCUUCUCAAGCAUCGAUAAGAGUCACCGACGUUUGAACAUUUUGCUACGAAUUAUAGCUGUAAUAAAAUUUGGAUAUAAUGGACUUUGAAUUAGUAUGUAAAUAUGGGCAGCCUCCCUUUUUGGAACAGUUUUAACACGAUAAAGAUAAUGGACGAGAUAAACUCAGAAUAUAACGUGAAUUUUAACUAAAUAUAUACGUAUUUUAUGAUCAGAACAUCUUACAUACCGCUUAUCCAUUUUAUCUUUUCUAUUAGAAAACUGUUCUCUUUUUAUUGAUCUCACAUAUUGA